CUAUCAUGCAUUGUGGCCCAUUUAGCUUAUUGUUGGAUGGGCGGUUGUCAAGAGCGUUAGUCAAUAUCUCUAGCAUCUCGCUAAGGAAAGAGUGAGACAGCCUGCCGCACGGAUCCACUAAGAUAUAUUCUAAACAAAUGAAGAGCUCGACAAGGACAGCCACAGAGCUGUUGCUUUCGCAGUGUUCCGUUCUUCCCCGCGCGUUUCUCGUCUUAGGAACUAUAAACGAAAGUGAAAACGUGAAAGUGUCUUAAUACAACUAUCUAAGCUAGUGUGCGCAAUCAUCGAAUUGAUUCUGAGCGAUCGAAUCAAUUGGACGAUUCAUAGUUGUCAUUGUUAAAUACUUAAAGGAUAUUAUCUAGUUCUAGCCUCGAAGAUUUUGCACUCGAUGCACAUGCAGAAACCCAGCUGAGGACAGAACUGUGUUAAAAAAUAACGUCUAAUCUUUCAGGCAUCAUAUAAAGGAAACCCACAAAUAAAGGAAAAAAGGCUGAUUAUUUAGCUAUCAGGUCCUUGUACGAGCGCGGCAAUUAUCGUCUGUUGAAGCAACGACCGCUAUUGGAAUUGAGAAAAUCGUGUGCAGUAUAGUCCCUAAGAUGGCAUCUCGCUCGACGAACAGUUCCCUAAUCAUCGAGGAUGCAACACCUGAUGAUGCAGGAACCAUUAUAGACCUAAUCAAGGAACUAGCAAUUUAUGAGAAUAUGCUUGACCAGGUGAAAUUAACUGCAGCGGAGUUGAAAGCCGAUCUUUCCGACAAACAACCUUGGGGUUUAAAAGCCAAAGUUGCUAAGUUAUUGGGCACAACCGGUAUCGGUAUGACCUUGUGGCGUUCCGUGGCACAACAUGGACUAGAAGAAAGAUGCACGCAGUUACAGUUCGCUGUUUUAGAAUGGAACAAACUGGGAACUGAUUUCUACAAAAAAGUCGGCGCAUUUGAUCGUACUUUAAGCUAUGGCGUGAGAUUAUACCGCAACAACCUCACGAAAACGGAGAGGAAGAAAGCGGUCUUGUCGGCUCUCAUCUAAAAAUAUCUAAGUCAGUUAAACGGUUUGGAUGACUGUAAUUUACUAGGAAAUACAUGAUUAUUUAAAUAACAACUAUGGAAGUGAAUACAAUAAUACUAAGUAAUUACAACAACGUAAGAAAAACUGUACAAAACGUCUCUAAACAAGAACAAUUAAUUCACUAAUUUUGUAAUUAAUUAAUUAAUUUUGUAAUUAAUUUUGUUAAUUAAAAUGUAACAAUAUAAUAUAACAUAUUAUAUUAUAAUUAAGUUAUUAAAAAAUCUGACGGCAGUUAAUUCACUAAUUUGAUAAUUAAAUUAAUAAUUCCUAGACGACGCUUGGAAGGCGCAGCGAAGCUCGUUUUGGUUAACCAAAUGACACAUAUAUUUGAAACAAUGAAUGAAGCGUCAAUAUGCUUUUACUUGUACUAUAUUUGUGCUGAAUUAGAAUAAAGAACUAUACUAUUUCGACAAAACCAAGCUUAGGACACAUAAUGUCUGCAACUAAAUUCUAAAAGAGACAACUUAUCCCAACUCAACAUAAAGUUCGAUACUUUGUUCAAGUCUGAGAAAGACAAGUGAAAAAAACUUAGCCUUUUCAAUGUGCAACCUUGCACCCAUAACUUAGUCGCGAAUGUCGUUUUUUAAAAAGAGAAUGCCAAUAUUGUAAAAUUUUCUUCCAGAUUGUAAUUCAGUAACCCAGUGAAAGACCAAAAUGGUGCGCGUGUUAUUCAUUCUUUCAAGGACGCUACAUGGGCUUUCACGGAAGAGCUACGACUCGUUUCUUACAAAAUUCUUUUUAUUAGAGUAUAAGAGAAUGCCAUAAUUAAUAGAAUCUAUUUUAUCGAAUUUUCCCGAACUCAUUUAUGUAUGGAAGCGCACUUAAAAAUCAAAAAAGUUCUUCGUUAUAAACACAAGUUUGCGUCCCUGGAUUAGGCCAAUAACUCUGGAAGAGACGUCGUCUGCUUAAAUACGGAGACAGAUGUGUACAAAUAUCACUGUGUAGUGCCAUCGAAAUUAAAUGUUCUGAGAGGUAAACAUAUUUUUAAAUAGAAAAAGAUCAAUAUUUGCUACCUGAUAAUACGAAAUAAGUAGUUCGUCGUUUAUAACACUUGCGGAAGUGAACAAAAUAUGAUACGUCUAUCUGUCUAUCCGUAUACAAACUUAAUGCAUCAUUAACAGUCGUAUACACAGUCGUGGCAGCAGUAUACAGUCGUUUCAAUAUUGACGUGUAUUGAAACAACCGUAUACAACGAUAGAGAGGACUAAAUAGGAUGGAUACAAUUCCUUAAACGAGCUAUACAACCAAAGUUGGAAGAGUUUCCUACAAUUAUCUGAAAUACCUAAGUGUUUAUAUGUAAAAUAGAAUAUUUAUAUGCAGGUUUACUUGUCUACCAACCAAUUUUGAAAAAAGGAAUUCAACGUACAGGUUACGCUGAUUACAGCUUAUAUAUAUAUACUGGGUCUCUAAUAUCUCGAUAAUUCAAAGGACCCAUCCGUAAAACUAGUGCGCAGUGAUAAUAUCUACAAUUUAGAUUUUUAUUUUCGUAGACCUGCCCCAGUUAGCUUUGUAAAGGGAAACUUUAGUAUUAGAUCUCUAAUUUUAUCCACUUACUAUAUCAAUUAAAAUCAGUGCCACAUCACACUCAAAUAAAGUAGUAAAGGAUUUCAGUAUAUGAUAUAAACGAAAAAGCUGUAAAGCUGACCUUAAAUUUAGAGCACCGAACAAAAAUAGCGUCCGUCAAUAAACGGUCUAGGAAAAUGUUGCUAGACCGUUUCUUCGCGAUCAGAAAAUCAAUUCCGGACGCUGCCUUAGCGCUAGAGUUGGAAUACUGGUCGUACCAAAGCCGCGCAAAACUUACGAUACUUUCAUGCCCUACUCACUUGUAAACAUGAAUCGGAAGCAACAGAAGCUUCCCUAACGCGGCUUUGCUCUCUAAGAUCUUGGCACUGAAAUCUGUGUUCGAACGUUCAUGAAUUCAUUACUGUGUCUGUGCUAAACAUUAACUUAAUCUCCACUGCACAGUAUGCUCAUAUCUGAGGCAAUGGUUAGUAACAGUCAUGGGGCUUAACUUACAGACGUUAAUGUAAUCAUACCGGUAUGUGUUAAUUCGAGCUAUUAUAAUAUACACAGGUUAAACAAAAGCACAACUGCAUGGAUGUCAAGGUAACUAACCUACAAAAUGGAAGAUCCAGCUGCCUUUCAUAUUAAAUGACUUGUAACAUCUUAGUCUAAGUUAAAAGUUCCAUCAGAUUUUUCUUCCAAGGGUUUAUCCCUUCGUCGACAACAAUUCGUCGACUUUAAUGAUUAAAUGCCUUGGGACUAUAGCAUAAUCCACGAAGUGCCGAUUCAUCCCUAGGAUUUCGUUCACGUCGUCUGAACUUUCUGCACGAUCCAGCGUAGUAGAUACAAAUUUUUAAUCGUUACUGCAUGAAACUAAACGCAACACAUUUUAUACAAUUAUAGUUCGCAUAGGCUUUCUCAAACAUAUACAAAUUUACAAAAAAAAUGGCAUAUAAACACCAUGGCAUAAACGGUUACUGAAUGGUUUGGUGAAAUGAGGUAAUCCAGAGUCACAGUUUGUACUCGAGAAAUUAUUUCAUACAAAAGAAACAAGAACGCGCAGUUUACAACCAGACGUAUUACUUCCGAGACAGACAUUUUGCCAAAGCAACGACGUCAAGCGAGGUGAUAUCUAAUAAAAGGAAACAGGCUGCGCCGAACAUUCUUGAUCACGGCAGAUAAUUACGAAUAAGAUCAAAAGCACUAUCAACUAGCAUAGCUAGAAUGGCCAGUUUUUCUGGGUUGCUCGCAGCUGACCAGCCUUCAAAUGACCAUCGAGAGUAUUUAUCGAACCGACUGUAAGGAUAAUAUUCCAUGUCUUUUUGCUACUGGCGAGGACCCAAUUUGCUAUAUAACACGAGCCAAUAUAAUGAGCUAGAUAAGCCGCUACGGAAAGAUAAUAUUGGAAUUCUCUAAAAACAUUUGCAAUUUAAGCCCUACAUCGUAAAUAAAUGAAGGAUUCAACUGCUUAGCAAUCGUGGAAAUAAAGUGUAGGCUCUUCACACAAUCGGCAAUUCACUGUUCUACUUACUCUUCCAUUUUCACGAAGCCCUAAAAAAAGCCCCAGUUUUCUAUCUUCAAUUUCGAGUGAUCCAGAAUGCCGGUUUUGAACAAACGAACGAAAUAAAUCAACUGGAUAAAAGAUAUAUUAGAGAACAGCGGGUUUAUAUAAUUUAUUAAGCUCCGUUUGGCAUCCUCGUGCUUAUCAAAUGACCUGCUUUCAAAGGACUGAAUAAAUAACUUUCAAAAUCUCAAGCUGCUUACCUUUUCCAGUGUAAAAGGAUCACCUUUUAGAGUUCUGCACUUACAAAGCCUAAAGAAGAUUCAAGGUUAUAAUAUAUACUAUUUGCAUAGGCAAUUUUUUACAAAGCUUAUAAGUACUAAUUCUGGCGUCAGGUUUUCUCUAGUAUUUAAAGAUUUCUAGCCUAAACGAGCUGGAGACAGCAUGAGCUGAGUGGUAAAUGCACACUCCUUUGAGUGCCUUGCGAUAAUAAUGAAGAGAAUGCGACCAUUGCGGAUGCAGAUCUGAGCGUUGGCAAAUAGUUACGGCUUCGGUGAUAUAUAGUUAGCAAUGUCAUUUGAUAGGUCUGUUGGACAAAUAUCCAGAAAGUCCAGCAGGACCCACCCCGGCUAGAGCUUCUAUUCGGGGCAAGUCUUGAUGCGAUACCGAAGAGGCGAUUACGAGGAUUGGUUCACACAGUAAUAGUAUCCGGAAACGAAAUGAAUAGAAUUUGACGCUAUAUGUGAGUUCUUAGAAAUACAUGAAGCGAUGUUGCCUGUAAUUGCUUCGAAAUGUAAUGGUGUAACACUAUAUAUCAUGCUUAAGAAAGCGGUGCUUUUCAGUCAGAUGACUUCCCUACAGUUCGAUUACGAUGACAGAAAAGGAUGGAAAAGAACGAAGAUUAACGCACUCUCUGACCGAAACUUUUCGGAUGGCCUUACCAUGAAACGCUGAAUUUAUUCACAAAGACACAUUCACAAUGUUACAUGCUCGGUACUUCAUCGUGCGGAAUAUCGAACAUGCUACUGAAGUCAUGAACAAAAACCAAUUCCAAAAACGAGGACUUUGCGACUAUUUGCCCUAUUUUUUUUGCAACACCUGACACUUCCCAGCGUUUUCUAAGCAAUUUUUCUAUAAGAUGUUUCCUUUCUGCACAGAAAAAGUAUGCAGAUAAAAAAAAAUCAGACGCUUAGACUGACGGCAUAUUAGUGUAGGUAAGUGUACGAGCAUAACCACGGUUUGAUUUUCGUCUCAUUUAAAACGUCAUACCUGAAACUUCAAAACUGAAGUUUCCUAUAAUAAAUCUUCUCAAAAAGGCAUAUUUUAAAAAUACUGUAACUUAUCUA